UCCAUAACUAAGACUUGAGACUUUAAUGGACGGUAUAUUGUCGAAAGCCUAGACCAGAGGCAACAAAUUCCUAUCAAUAUACUUCAAAUUUGGACAACUGGUAUUAGUAUAUAAAAUGAAGCCUCAUUGGCUCUCGAGCCAUUUACCCCUCUCUCCAGCGAUGAAACGACCUUUGAUUCUUUCAAACAUUAACAUAGCUAAUAUCUAUACUCUUACCCACUAUCUUACAUCCUAAAGGCGCCGAGUUUCUUAAAAUAGUCUCGAAUUACAACACAGUGGCCCUAGGUAUUACGACCAAAAACAGCUAGUUACAAUGGCGACUGUCGGGGCGGUAACCCCCCGCUUCAAACUUGUAUUCCGCGUGCCACCAUCGGCACUCGCAUCCGUCAAAAGCGCUAUAUUCGCCGCGGGUGCAGGUCGCUACCCCGGACCCGGGAACUAUACCGAAUGCUGUUGGACAGCUCUAGGCACCGGUCAAUUUCGACCAGGCGAUGCCGCGAAUCCCCAUAUCGGGAAAGUUGGCGAACUUGAAGAAGUUCCGGAGGCCAGGGUAGAGACACUCUGUGUUGGGGAGGACGUCGCUAGAAAAGCCGUUGAGGCGCUGAAGAAGGCGCACCCAUACGAAGAGCCGGGCUACGAGGUGUAUAGAGUGGAAGACUUCUAAUGUGCCAUCAGCAAGACAAUCACAAGGAAUAAUAAACAUUGUCUAAAC